GCAAACUGACCAAUAGAAACACAAAUUGGAGGAUCCAGGAAGUUAUCCGCUACUUUUCAGCAGUCACUCGCAGCUGUCCAGCUAAAGACUCUCAGGACACCUAUUUACUCCAAUAAUCUCCGAAAGACGAAGCUUUAAUAACGUGAAGAUGUCAUCCGGAGCUCUGUUUCCCAGUCUGGUCUCCGGCUCCCGCAGCUCAUCCAGUAAAUAUCUGGUUGAGUUCCGUGCCGGUAAGAUGACACUGAAGGGCAGCACCGUGACCCCAGAUAAGCGCAAGGGCUCCGUCUACAUCCAGCAGACAGAUGACUCCCUUAUCCACUUCUGCUGGAAGGACCGAACCAGCGGGAACGUGGAGGAUGAUCUGAUCAUAUUCCCAGAUGACUGCGAGUUCAAGAGAGUGAACCAGUGUACCACAGGACGUGUUUAUGUGCUAAAGUUUAAGGCUGGAUCUAAAAGGCUGUUCUUUUGGAUGCAGGAACCCAAAACGGACAAAGAUGAGGAAUAUUGUCGCAAAGUGAAUGAGUACCUAAAUAACCCGCCCAUGCCCGGAGCUCUGGGUAGUGGUGGCGGUGGCAGCCAUGAACUCUCUGGAGAAGGUGGCCUGCAAAGCCUUUUGGGUAAUAUGAGCCACAAUCAACUCAUGCAGCUGAUUGGACCGACAGGACUGGGUGGGCUUGGAGGGCUCGGUGCUCUAGCUGGUCCAGGUCUGGCGAGUCUCUUAGGCAGCGGAGGCCCAGCUACCAGCAGCUCAACCUCAAGCUCCCGUAGCCAAUCGGCUGCUGCCACUCCCUCCUCUGGAUCUGCGGCUCGAGUCAGCUCCACUCAGGCACCCACAACACCUGUUACUCCUGCUGCUACCUCCACCGGUUCACCCACGGUGACCCCCACCACCCCUGCAGCCCAGACUCCCUCCGUGCCUGCAGGUGCUCCCUCCAGCUCACAGCCCAUUCAGCUGAGUGACCUCCAGAGCAUUUUGGCCACCAUGAAUGUGCCCGCCACGGCCGCAGAGGGUCAGGGAGUGGACUUAGCGAGCGUAUUGACACCUGAUGUCAUGGCUCCUAUUUUGGCCAAUCCUGAAGUCCAGCAGAGACUUUUGCCUUACCUGCCGUCAGGAGAAUCACUGCCACAAAGUGCAGAAGAAAUCCAGAACACAUUGACCUCUCCACAGUUUCAACAGGCGAUGAGUAUGUUCAGCAGCGCACUGGCCUCUGGUCAGCUCGGCCCUCUCAUGAAUCAGUUCGGCCUGCCGUCUGAAGCCGUUGACGCUGCUAAUAAAGGAGAUGUGGAGGCUUUUGCUAAGGCCAUGGAGGGCAGUGAUACAAAGACGGAUGAUAACGGUGAUUCGAAAGACAAGAAGGAUGAUGAUGAGGACAUGAGCUUGGAUUAAAAUGACCUUUCUCUGCAAAACAGAUUUCCUCUUGCGCUCUCUCUCUCUCUCUGAUAUGAGUCAGUUAUAACGUUCUAGUCUGAGAUGUAUGCCUGUAAUCACUGAUCUAGUUAACUGUUUUGUAUGUCUAAAAAGUUACGCUAUUAAAUAACUGACUGAGCCAUUUCUGUCUGUGUGAUGGGUCAAAUUAAAAUCAUGCAAACAUAA